UGACAGAGGUGAGGCUUGAGCCAGACGGGGGAAAGCGGGAGGAUCAGCUAUGUGUCCAUAAGGCAAGUGAGCGCCACAGCGAGCACAGGUUUACCAGCUUCUUCCUUCAACGACUGUCAGCCUUCAUUGUCUGCUGCUUGCGACAGGGUGAAGGUGAGUGUUUUGGCGGUUUCUCUGCUCAUCGUGCGGGUUUUCAUCGAUAUUGUCAGAAGAUGACAAAACGUCGCCAGUGGACGUCGCAUGGCGUCCUGCUACUCACUACAGUUUGUUUUUUGGUGAUGCUCUUGGAUUCCACAAAAGCACAGAGAGUGAGAUUGGAAAAAGGGAAUACACUUGAUGACAGUACAGACGGUAUGGUACACUUUAACUACAAGAAAGACCGGUUUAGUCCAGUUUGUGCCACUGGUUUCGACCAAUCCGCUGCAAAUGUGGUGUGCAGAGACCUGGGUUACAACAGUGCCUCCAUCGUCUGCUGCAACGUGUAUGGCACGAAUUACCAUAAGAUCUUUGUGACUGAUGUCACGUGCACUGGGAACGAGAGUACCUUCAGUAACUGCUCCUACAAUAUCGACGGCGACUGCGACAUGGACAACUACGCGGCUGUCGCUUGCUACAACAAACAGGAUGAAAACAGUAAGUCCCGCAACUUGUGCAUGUUACUGGUGACCCUGCGGAUAAAUUACAUGACAAUAACACAAUUACAGAUGUUUAUUAGUUAAUAAAAAGUCAGUCAUCGAUGGAAAAUAUUAUUAACGAGGUCGUGGAAGUGCUGUAAACAUAUUACACAAUGAUAGUCUGCCGCUUCCUUCCCAAGGAGGAAGUCUAGCGUCAGAUCGUGCUGAGGGAGGGAACAUAGGGCUUAGGGUAAGAUAAGGGUCGUCUGAGGAGGUCAAAGUGUCUGGUCACUGUAUUUUGGGGUUAGCUGGACCUAGAGUCAUGUCCAGUUGUAACACCCUACCCUCCUCCUAAUCACUAACAC